UCUCUUUAGCUUCGUAUGACAUUUCUUGAGAUUUGAUAGGAUUGAUAUAAAAGUUGUUUUGUCUUGAAAUUCCUUGUACAUUUUAUUUUGGUUUUUAUAGUAAGAACGUGAAGCUAACGUAUAACAUAAGAAUAUUCCUAUGGCAUCAAAAAUAAAAAACAUUUUUAAGGCAACGCAAAAACAAAUUACCACAAUCAUUUUCGAUUUGGAUAAUACGCUAAUUCCAACCAGAAAAGCGGAUAGUAAGGUGAUAGUAAAGGUAUCAGAAUUACUCCAGCAAAAGUAUGCGGUGACACGCGAUACUGCCGUACAAAGUACACAAACGUUUCUACGAGCCUUUCGCCGAUGUCCGGAUAAUCCCAGCAUUCCAUUAGACACAUGGCGUCAGCAUCUGUGGACCCAAGCCCUACCCGAAUCUCAUAAGCAUUUAAGCAAUGAGAUUUAUUGCAUAUGGCUAGAGCUCCGAUACAGGUAUCUACAAAUGACGCCCGAAAUUAUUUCUUUGUUAGAAUUACUCCGGCAAACGUACAUACUGGCCAUUAUAACGAAUGGGCCAUCGAAUGCUCAGUGGGAGAAAAUCCAACGGCUCAAUGUAAACAAAUUUUUUGACUGUGUCUUGGUGUCCGGCGAUCUGCCGUGGGAGAAACCGGCGGAGCAUAUCUUUUUGGCGUGUUGCAAUUAUUUGGGUGUUUCGACUCAAAAUUGUGUAAUGAUUGGAGACAAAUUAGAAACGGAUAUUCAGGGUGGAAUUGAUGCAAAAUUAGGAUUAACGGUAUGGUUACCGUUAAACGGCGACAGUAAUACAAAUCUUGACAACAUCAAACCCGACUAUACCAUUAAUAAUCUACAAGAAUUGCUAGCUAUUCUACCCGAUAACAGCAAUGGCAACGCAAAGAAACCGAACUUCCGGACGCGUGCCAAUGCUCGUCGUGUCCCAUACAAUCGCCGGGUGGCAUCUCUACCGGACUUGGAGAGUGGCAACAGUAAUUCGAGCGAUGGCAGCUGAUUUUGGUGGACGGUCGUUUUAUUGGUGUGCUGAUUGAACAAUGAACAUUUUUUUUUGAACACAUUGAGAGACAGAACGGUUCUUUUUCGGUUUCCUUUUCUUAUUUUUAAGCAAAUUUUGUUUAACCAUUUCGUUUUCUUUUAUUGAUCAAUCGAUUUUUUUUUCGUGCAUUAUGAAUUUAGCGGUGUUCAUGAAAUUGAAAUUAUUAUCGAAAAAAAAACAGCUAAGAUUAUAGGCAGAUUAGUUUAGAGAACAAAAAAUAAUAAUUUUUCAAAUUAAAAUUAUUUUGAGAAUUUUUUCUUCGUUUUUUUUUAAAGACGGAUGUUAAAAAUUCAUUCGCAUAAUAACAUUUGAGUGGGCAUAAUAUAAAUACAAUAAUAACAUCAGUGUGAUGAUUAGAUAUUGAAAUUAAUUUUAAUUUUUAGUGCCUAAUAGGUUCAAGGAUUUUCAGAAGCAAACAAAUUAAUUCGUGAAUGUAAACGAACUUAAAUUUUUUUCUUUUUUUUUAUACUUUGAGUGUGUUUUUAAAUGUGCUAAACCUUAAGAACAAUAAUGAAGAUGGCGAGCAAGCAGUUUCUCAAUUUUGACCAUUUAGCGGCUGCUGUCGACGAGAAACGAGAGUAAGUAGUUCACAAAAUAUAAUCACAACAAAACAUAGAAUACAGAAAAUACAGUUAAUGUCUACCAAAUUUGUGUCCCAGUUUUUUUCAGCAGUUUUACCAGCUUGUCCCAUCACACUACUUACACUUCUUUAUACGGGUUUUAUAGUCAGACGCAUGGGCGUGGUAAGGUAAGACAGUAUAAACACGCAUAGGUAGUGUGUUUUGUAUGAGUGAAUCAGCUGAGGCAAAUUUAGAAACCAAUUUGGUUGACGUUAACUGUACUUGAGCUACGCAGGUUUAAAAAAAAAUGAAUUGUAAAAACGGGUUUUUUUUCUUAACGACGACAUAUCUGUUUUAAAAUGCGAUUGCGCAUAACUUUUGUAAUUUUAACUACUUUGGAUCAUCAGAUUAUGAUAGCAUAAUCUUAAUAAUGUAAAUUUUCUUAUUUUUUUCUUUUUUUUUUAAACUCUAAUUUGGUUUAAGAUAAUGGUAAUCUUCACAUAAUAACGACAGCCAACCUUGAUGAACACAAUUCUCCAUUAAUUACAUUUCGUCUAUUAUAUUCCAAUCAAAACUGACUUCACUGCAUAGCGUAGCUUCGGUAACAUUGGAAGAGAAACAUUUGAAAGAUGCACAUUAUGACGCAGAUUCAAAAGUCGAAAGUUUAACAGUAAUUAAAGCAAAAAAUGGACACUUGCUUUCAGGAAAAGAAAGGUUAUAUAUUUUCGUGUCAUCAUUUUUGGUUUCACCUUAUGUUCCACUAUGAGAACUGACCUUUCCAACUUUUACCUCCUCAUUUAAUUUCAAGAUGAAUCUCUGGUUUUCGUCUACCAGUUAUCAGUGAAACGAGAUUCCUUAUAAAUACCGUGUGCCAUGUAAAUAUUUGCAAACGUUUCGAUUAUCCACAUUCAUCACUUUGAAACGUUGAUCCAAUAAUAAAUAAUUCUAAAUGUUCGGAUCAAGCGCAGCAGAAAUGGACAUUUAGACAAACUUGAGCUCGUCAUUGAACGUAGAAAUGGACACUAAAGCAAGUAAUAAAACAUUUCGUCGAAUGAUUCGGUUGAUGUCGGAACAACUCAAUAAACACGGCUAAAAUAAAAAGCGCGUGCUAAAGGUGUUGAAGAAUAAUAUUUAUAGACCAGUUGAAUUCACUUUGAUUGUAAAUAUAUUUCAAAGGAUUUAAUGAAUUAUUGUAAAUACGUUCAUCAAUGUUGUCGAAGCUUUAAUAAAAACGAAAUCUAAUGGAAAAUAAAAACCAAAUUUGAAUUUAGACAAUUUUUUCGAUUGCAAUUUUUUAUACUAAAACAAUGAAACUAAAUUCAUGGACUUAUGAAUAGGUGCUAAGGGUUAAUUUGAUUUAACUCAGUUCUUUUUAUAAAUAAAAUCAAAGAAAAGAAAUUAUUUUCAAAGAUUUUUUUAAUGUUCCACACUCGGUUCAAAUUGAAUAGGAAGAUUUUUGUGAUUGACUGACAAAAGCGUUACGUUCCACUUUUUUUCAAGAAUAAUUGUGGAACCCAAAUAGCACAGUAAAUCUCAAGAGUCUUCCUAUAUCAUUCGGACCCAAGUGUAGUUUAUUAAAAUAUAAGAAGCCUUUACAAUAGAAAAAAAAUUGUCCACCAAACUAUACAUUUAAUUUACAGUAUAAGAACAAAACUCAAUCAAGUCUCUCUAUUAAAAGUAAAAUAAUGAAAUUUGUAUAAAUUAUCUAAUUGAGAGUUCUAUCUAUAUUUAUAGUAAUAAUUUUGUUAGAAAAGUGAAACAGAAUACCUGGUUGAUGUACCUUUUAUUAUGAAUUUGUAUUAAACAGAGUGUGUAAUAUGUAAAGUCAUGCCAGACCGCAAGGAAUAGAUUUUCAAAUUUUCUGUAAAUAUGUAAAUGCUGACGCGCUGAUUUUGUCUGAAAUGGUUCAUUUCGUUGUUAAUUAUCAGAAUUUGAUUUAAAUUGCAAAUAAAAUAAUAUAUUGGAAUACGAAAA